GGGGAGUCAAAAACAAAAGCGUGAAUCAAAACAACAAACGCGCUGCGAAAGAUAACUCGAUCGACGUACGACGAAAUAGGUUUUUGGUGCACCGCAAGCACUUCGAAAACGAUGGCCCACGUUAGGGGACAUGAAGAGCAAACAUUCAACGAAUUCUAUACCGAGGUGAAGGAGAUCGAAAAACGGGAUUCGGUGCUUACGUCUAAGCAGCAAAUCGAACGCCUGCUGCGCCCCGGAGCGACCUACUUCAAUUUGAAUCCCUUCGAAGUCCUGCAGCUGGACAGCGACACCCCGCUAGAGCUGAUUAAGAAAAAGUAUCGCAGCCUGUCGAUAUUGGUGCACCCGGAUAAGAACCCGGACAACCUGGAGCGAGCCCAACAGGCGUUCGAAAUCAUCAGCAAAGCGUACAAGACGCUCGAAAAUGAAGCAACCCGCAAAAAGUGUCUAGAAGUGUACGAGGAAGCAAAGGAUCGUACGGAUAUGAUGAUUGCCGAGAAAAAGAAGAAGCUGAAAAAAGAGGGCAAGCACGAUGGUGUGCCCGAAGACGAUCCGCCCAAGUACAAACAUGCGGUCUACGUGAUGGUGAUGAAACUCUUUGCGGACAUUGAACGUCGGCGCCAGCAGCUGGAGGUACGCGACAUGGAAGAACGCAAGCGCAAGCGAGAGGCCGAAAUCGACGAGGAGGAGCAGCGCGAUCUGCAGAAGGAGUGGCAGAAGAACUUCGAGGAAUCCCGCCAAAGCCGGGUCAACAGUUGGCACACUUUUCAGGCCGGAUCGUCGACGUCGUCCUCAUCGGCUGCGGCUGCGGCCUCGGCGUCUGCGACCUCGGCGUCAGCUGUCCCGGUAAAGAGCAAAAAAUCGAAAAAAGCCAAGUACACUUCGUUCAAUCCACCGAAAAUUAAGCCCGAAACGCGAUAGGGACCACAGCAAUAACGCCACAGCAUCCGUCUCGGCAGACGGCCGUCAAUCGGGAGCCGCAUUGACAGAGAGAACUUAGUUUUAAUCGCGAAACCUCUAGUUCAACCCACCUUCUUCUGUUCUGUUCCACCCUCCUACGCAACUUUCCAUAAAUGGCACCAAGAUCGGUGGAGUUCUUUAUAAUAUUAGUUUUCUCAGGGGUUUUCCGCUUUUCUAAAUCCUUGCGUUUAAUGGCGUUGCUUAAGGGUGAGGGUAGACGACAUGCCGACGACUGAAACCACACCGCUGGGUCUGUUCUGUUCUAUCUCGUUUCUGGUAGUGCUCCGCCGCACUUCUACCGAGCACCGAGCGGACUCUCUCGGUAACUAACAAUUUCUCUGCACACAAACAGUACAGCCUUUACGACGAAAUAAACGGACAAAUUUGCGUAACAU